GGAAUUCCCGCACAAACAUAAACCCUAUAAGAAAUUCAAAUACCCAAAAGAGGGAAGAAGAACUAAUCCAAUGAUGUCAAAGGAUCAAAUCUCCAGCUUCUGCAACGAAUUAUCGUCAUUCUGCAAUCAUCUUCAAUCCUCUACCAAUGCACUCAAACAAUCCAUCGAUCGAAGACCUAUUCCUCUCGAUUCUGCAUCUUCUACCUUCAUUCAAUCCCUCAAUCGCCAUGUAUCAACCGCAACCUCCGAUCUCGAAAUGCUCGAAUCAAUGUCCAGUACCGUUUCUUUCCAAGAGCUUUUAGGUCACUGCAACGAACUGUAUAAGAUAAAUCAAACCGAUAUGGUUCAACUCGAAGAUCGUCUUAAAACCUACGGCUACGUUCCAGCUUCGAAUAUUGCAGAGGAAGACGAAGUUUUCGAAAUGCAUUCUCAUGCUUCCGAUGAUAAAUUGGAUAGUCUCUCUUCUUUUUAUGGAUCACUCUCUGUGGCUGAUUCUGGCUUCAAGAAUUACGAAGAUGACGAUUUAUUUGAUGAAUCUAUGAGUUUGAAACAGCUUGGGCUAUCAGAUGCAAGUCUAGCCAGGUUAGCAUUGGAAGAUAAUGUACCUUCACCAGAACUUGAGAAAGUACCUGAUGCUCCCAGCCCCGCUUCAAAGGUAUUAAAGAGCGAAUUUGAAAGUCUUCCCACCUAUAUGAAGGAUCUAGCAUCAUGGGAGGAUCUACUUGUAGCCGUUGAUAAGAUUAAUUCAAGUCUAAGCAAGAAGACCAGCGGAUGCAACUUCUUCGGUCAAGAUGAUAUUCCUUCGUUUGAUUUCGGACCUAAAGCAAGAUCAUAUUUGCUGCUUUUAGUGCGUAUGAAUCAUAUGGUUGUUGAGGUAAUUGACGGUCUAUUAUCGUAUAGAAUAUUGUAGAAGAGAUGCAAUGGAAAACAUUUGUCAUCCUCUGAUUUGCCGUUGGGUAUGUUUUGUUAUAUAUCAUUCUAAGAAGCACAUACACGGAAGAUAAGCACAACACAAUACUUGUAUUACUAGGUGCAUGUUUGAAAUGAUCUAGCUUCUAUCAAUUUGGAUUUUUAAAUAUGUUCCAUUUCUCUUUUAAGUUAUGUAAUUUGUACAUUUCAACUUAUUCCUUAUGCAUUUAAUGGUGAGACUAGAAUAGGUAUGGUAUUGGCAAAAUGACCCUGUGGGAAGAAACUAUAUUGUGAAUCUUAUAAAAUUUCUACUAUGUUCUUAGUU